GAAGGAGUCUUGAGUUAGCUCCCAGUACAGCAACCAUUCACCCUAGUUAUGUUGAACGGUGCGACUUCAAUCUGCAAUACUGUUGUGCAGUUCAAUCAUAGAUACCCCAUGAAAUCAUAAAACUGUAUUCUCGGUCUUUUGUUUUUUUUCAUUUGUUCACAGCACAUUGAAUGCGUCCCCACGUGACAGUGUUUUCUCACCUCAUGUGAAAUUGCAGGGUUCAGGAAUGGCAGAGGCGCAAUAAGACAGAUGCAAUAGCCUUAAUGGAACCAUCUGCAACCUGCUCAUACUUCAGCAAUUAGUUACGCACACUGCCGCUAUUAGAUCAUACAGUGGUGCUCUUCAGAACCUCUUCGAUGAUUUCGGGGAACAUGGCUUCUGCUUCCUCUAAAUCCCCCCCCCCCCCACCAGCUGCAUGCAGCGCUUUCUGUAGGCGAAGCUUUACUAAAUCCUCAAAGCGCACCAUUCUCGACGCUACCCCAGCUUCCAAACCCUGUGCGGCUCAAGCUAGUAAGUGUAGUGUGACCCCCUAACACUACUACAUCAAGCCGUGAAACCCUCACACUCAUCCCCUCACCCCCUAAUUCACUUAAGUCCACCCCAUGUGAAGAAUACAACGCCUUAAUUGGAAGCGUACAUCCAAUGCGAAAAAAUGCGAGGAACAUUACAACAAUGGCUGCCGCAUUGGAAUUGGGUCGCUGCGUGAGACAGCGACAGCCAGGACUGAAUUGCUCUGCUCCUCGGAGUCCGGCAUGUGUGCAGGAGCGGCUCGACGAGACCCAUCGGACUGCAUGGGAACACGAAUGAAGAAUAGUUGAAUUCUCGUGGACUUUGGUUCUCUGUUCUGAAUAAACUGAAGGGUGUCAAAGAACAGUAUAAUAUUCUUUGAGCCACAGAAUACAUACAUACCUCUGUUUUGCAGCCCUUCAGACUUUGACCUCUUGGAGACUUCCUGUGAUCUCCGUUACCCUCACACGUACUUUGCCAAGAAUCGUUCUCGUGUCCUUCUUCUUUGCGGAUUUCGCAGCUAUGGCGAAGCUGGUUUUAGGGGUGAUUGCGUUUUGUAUUUUGACUAUUUGGGCGGUUCACGCCGACAGAAUGCGUUCUCCUCAAUCGGCAGAUGUUACUAGCAGCCUGCAAGAUCCAAAAUACAAAAUCAACUUCCAUCCUGCUGAAUCUCCCAUUCUUCCGACUUCGGACCAGGAGAUUAUCGUUAUGACGGACAGAGAUGGGAAGAAGUUUCGUUGUAACCUACCCGUGGCAGAAGGCACUGAGGCUGUGAACAAGGAUGAGAUUCAACAAACUGAUACCAGUACCAGCAUAGUGGCAGAUGAGUGGUCUGCUCGUAAAACUCCUGAAGAUCUCCUUGACAUCCUCAAAGACAAGUGUUUUCGCAGGUAUGAGGGAUGGUGGAUUUAUGAGCUUUGUUACAAGGGUCAUUUGCGCCAGUUUCAUCUACAUGACAAUAAGGCUCCAAUUUGCACAUAUGGACCUGACAUGCAGCACGGAUCAGUAGUAUACUUUUUCACUCUUGUCAAGCAACCUUUCAGGGUUCCACAUGACUAUCAGAACCAUAGAAAGAUGGUAGUUCAAGAAUUUGUGUUAGGCACAUAUGAUGUAGAGGCGACAUCAGCCCUGCAUAAAAAUUCUCCUAACGUUUCUCUUCGGAAGGACCUUCGCUCAGAAAGUGCAGCACAGCGAUAUCAUGCGCACGUUUACACGAACGGUACCAUCUGUGAUCUUACAAAUCAACCUCGUGAAACAGAGGUGAGGUUUGUUUGCUCAGAAACAGGUCGAAUGUUAAUUAAUUCCAUCAAAGAGGCACCUACCUGCAAGUACAUCCUGGUUUUUCAUACACCCAUGUUGUGCAAGCACCCAACUUUUCAAGAGGAGCGUCAACCUUGGGUAGUUAUUGACUGCAAUGCCGUUCCUUCAGAGAUGCUUCCAAUGAAAGAAGGAACGGCAUCAGAGCAGCAUCCUGAAGAAGCCACAAACCAAGCUGAAACAGACACUCGUAGCAAAUCCGUGAUAUCAGCCUUGCCUGAGAACACAAAUGAGAUCCCGCUUCUGAAUCUCCCACACAAGGACGCUAUCCUAUUGUCUCGAACCUCCACUAAUAUCGAAGGUGGUACUAAAGUCAAAGUGCGUAAAAAAUCUACAGAGUUUAAGGCCUCUGAAGAGGUUCCUACGCCAUCAAACAAGAACCAGGAGACUGAUGAACCUGUCGCAGACUCAGAUGAUAAAGAGACAGUAGAAGAACAAGCAACCCCGACGAGGGGUGAAGAGAAGACUGAGGAGCAGGUUUUUCCAAGACAAGAAAGAGAAGAGAAACCCACAUCAUAGUUUGUUUUUUUAUUUUAUUUUAUUUCAUGAGGUAAUUUUGUGCCAAAGUAGACGACUCCGUAGCACAUCUCCAGGAAUAUGUUUAGAUGUCUAUCCGUUAUUUACGUUACAACCCUCAGAUAUCAUGUGCCAAUUUCUCCUAAAUAGGAUCUCCGUAUGUGCUUCUUGUCACUACAAGGAGAGAAUGUAUUGCACAUUUUCUGAACGUGGUUUUGUGUAAUAGUCAGAGCAGGUGAUUAGAUUCGGCACGUCUGCGGAGGAUGUAAAUAGGUCCUAAUAUUCAAGCUGGAAUUCCAGCAGAAUAUUAUUGAAUUAUUUCAUAGAUUGUGGAUAGAAAACCUGUUGCUUCUAAUUUUAUCUGUUAUGUUGAUCAAUUCAAGAAGGAACUGUGAUUUCAAUGGU